UCUCCCCAUGCUCCUCUCGUUAUAAAGCCGCGUUUACGCGCAGUGAGUCCCUCCACACAGCACAGCCCAGAGGCGGCAGCAGAGAAGCACCGAUAUAUCACACACAAGAGAGAGAACGCAUCUGUUCUGUCCGUGUAGCCUACAGCAGGUGACUUGGCUGAGCAUUCGGAGAUAGACACAAGAGACUUUGAGCUGAUCCUGAGCCAAGCCAGUCACAGUGUCUCCAGCAGACCGAGGGAGUGGGCUCAGCCAAUAAAAGUGAUUAGCAGACUCGGACAGCCAAUCACGGCGACUCUAGCAACAUGACGACCAACCAGCUGUGGCCAACUGAGAAGGGUAUAGAAAGACUAUAACUGCCUGUCUACCCCAUCACCCUGUACCCCUCUACACCGCCUUGAACUCUCUCGGGCCCCCCAUCAACUCCCAGUCUCUACCCCCUCAGAGGGAGUUCAGUAAGCACCCUCUAACAGCCUCCUAAGCCCUUCUUCCACCAUGACCAAUAACAGCAGCUCCCCUGGCAUCUGGGAGACCAUUGAUUGGUCCGAGUCAGGCCAGUGCCCGCCCUCGGUGUGCGGGGCCACAUUCCUUAUUGUGGCCUACAGCACGGUGAUCGCGGUGGGGUUACUAGGCAACGUGGGCCUGGUGUUCAUCAUUGGGCGGCAGAAGGAGCUGCGUAACGUCACCAACAUUCUGAUCGCCAACCUGUCCUGCUCGGACAUCCUGAUGUGUGUGGUGUGUCUGCCAGUCACCGUCAUCUACACUCUGAUGGACCGCUGGGUAUUGGGAGAGGCACUCUGCAAGGUCACUCCAUUUGUACAGUGUGUGUCAGUGACGGUGUCUAUAUUCUCCCUGGUGUUGAUUGCGUUGGAGCGCCAUCAGUUGAUCCUGCACCCUACUGGCUGGUCCCCAGCAGCAGGCCACUCCUAUCUGGCCGUAGGUCUCACCUGGUUGGUCGCCUGCUUAAUAUCCCUCCCCUUCCUAUCCUACAACAUUCUGACUGACGAUCCCUUCCAGAACCUCACACUGCCCGCCAACCCCUUCAGAGACCAUGUGAUCUGUAUGGAGAAAUGGCCGACAGAUAGACACCGUCUGGCCUACACCACCUUCCUGCUGCUGUUCCAGUACUGCGUCCCUCUGCUAUUGGUGCUGCUCUGCUACCUCCGCAUUUUCCUACGCCUACGUCGACGCAGGGACAUGGUGGAGCGGAGCCGGAUGGCCCGAGGAGCCCAGAGGAUCAAUGCUAUGCUGGCGGCCAUCGUAGCUGCCUUCGCCCUUUGCUGGCUGCCGCUCAACGUGUUCAACACGAUAUUCGACUGGCACCACCAGGCGCUGCCCGCCUGCCAGCACGAUGCUUUGUUCUCUGCCUGCCACCUCACUGCCAUGGCCUCCACCUGUGUCAACCCUGUGGUGUACGGCUUCCUGAACAGUAACUUUCAAAAGGAGUUGAAGGUUCAGCUGCAGCGCUGCCACUGUGGCUUGGGGGCGCCAGAGAGCUAUGAGAAUUUCCCGCUCUCUACCGUCGGCAGCGAGGGGAUAACCAAGAUGUCAACGCUGAACCGAGCAGGGUCAAUGAGCACCGCGCUGCCUCCACGGGCCGAGCCCAGUGUUAGCGUACGCAGCUAACGUCUAGCCAACAGAGUGGCUAAUGCUAAUGGAUGAGUAGUGUAACGUGUACAGCUGUCAGACAGGGUGUAACAACAAGGAUACAGUUCAUAUCAAGUAAGCAGCAAACAGACAAACCCCCAAAUGAACAGAGCUGGCAUAGAGCAGCUAACGCUAAUGGACAGAGCUAGCGGCGGAUGCUAAAGAGAGACAGAGUGGAAAUAAGCAGCUGGACAGACAGGACAGACAGAGAUAGUUGGCCCCAGUUCCCAUGAGGUACAGUCAAUUUCUGAAUUCCUAUGAAGCAUUGCAGGCCGAGCAGACUAUACAGAACUGAUGUCUGCACUUAGCUAAAAUAAAAAUGAACGAAAAGAUCCAUACAGCUAAUCAACAGAGCAGCUCGUGGACAGAGUGCACACAUGCAGCUACGCUAGGUAGCACACAGCUGGAGAGACUGCGACAGAGUGACAGACCCAGGGACGUGUGGGCUCUGUUUCCAUGGUGAUGGUGUAUUUCUGAACUAAGUCAGUUUGUUCCCAGAAGAAUUGUCGUCACCAGAGUUUGACAUCAUCCUAGGAUGUUAAGCUGCUGUCAUGCCAGUCAGAUGGAUGGAUGGACAGACGGUCAGUCAGUCAGUCAAUUCUGAACUCAGGGCUGCCUUGAGCUGAUAUGACAGCUGUCUGUCUAACAUGAGAAUAACCCUGUUGACACUGACAGCCCUCCCUCUCAGUCGCUGUCUCCCUGUGAGCUGUUCAGUAAUCAGAGAGAUCAGUCUGAGACAUGCUGAUGAAAGAGACAGAGAGAGGGGAGGAGAGAGAGAGAGUCCCUGAUGUUGCAAACGCAUUGCAGACAGAUCAUACACACACAGAGCUGGCUGACAGGACUGGCUGUCUGGUCUACUGACUAUCUGUCUGGGUGGCCGACUGGCUGAUUGGCUGGCUGGCCUACUGUAGAUCUUCAUCAUUAAUCCACAUCAACUUUAUGAUUGUACAAAACAGUGGAAAUGGAUGUAAAAAAAAAUAUAUAUAUAUCAUGAUUUUUAUAUUUUUGUCUAAAAGUAAAACAAAAUUCCACUUCUUCCUUUCAUUUGUGGUGAAACUGCCAAGGCUCCAGCUUGAUGUUGUGCAUCUGUAAUUUUAUAUAUGGAGUGUUUUUGUUAUUGCUUUUAGUUGGCUCUGAUUUUAAUGAUCCAACCAUAUCGCUCAUGUAUAAAAUUAGUAUUAGCUUUGGUGUGUGUGUGUGUGUGUGUGUGUGUGUGUGUGUGUGUGUGUGUGUGUGUGUGUGUGUGUGUGUGUGUGUGUGUGUGUGUGUGUGUGUGUGUGUGUGUGUGUGUGUGUGUGUGUGUGUGUGUAAACCCUCUUAGGUGUGUGUUCAGGAUAUAAUCACCUCAGCCCUUCUCAUUGGCUCCUGCCCCAGACAUUGAGGCCUGUUUGGAUCUUAACGGCAGGCAGUUUCCUGCUUCACUAGAGCCAAUCAUGUGUUAACAUGUAAAUACUGCUACAUGCUAACGUGUUAGCUUUGGCCGGUCCAGGAACAAUCCUGGCCCCUAACUCCUGGGCCCUGAGUGCUGAACUAGAAUCUAGACAAUAGAUCCUAGUACAGAUAUGAACUCACCACUGUAGUACAGAUGUUGGAUUUUAAUUUGAUCACUAUUCUGUCCCUCUCUCGCUUGCUCAAACACUAAAGCACCAGACAGUAUAUAUGUUUUUCUUCCUACUGGUACUGUAGACGUAUAGGUCCUAUUACUGAAACAUUGAAAUGUACAAAAAUGUAUCUGAAAUGAACCUAUACACGUCAACAACCGUUGUUUUAUAUAGCUUAAUAACAAAAGAUACAAAUUGGUCCACCACGACAUACAAGUGUCAAGUGUAUCCAAAAUGUAGCCGUACAGUAGGCUACACCCAAACUAUAGCCUACUGUAGCCUAUCAAAACUAAUUGCACACAUAGGCCUAUAACAUUAGAUGUAAAGGUGAAAUUGAGAAUAGUGAGGUACCUACGGAAUGGAGCCUAAUGCCGCAUAGGAGAGCGACCAAUAGAAAAUACAUAAGCAAAAAGGUUACGAAUCAACUAUCAAAAUGUCGUUCAAUUGUGGCAUGGGGUGGUCUAGCAGUCAGGGCUGCUACCUUCAGUGCCGUGUAGGCGUGGGGUUGAUUCUGGCACACACCCUUCUGACACAUAUCAUUCAAACCACCCGAUUGACUUAAUUUAGUUACACAUUUCAAAUACACAUUUUUUAAUUUUUUAAAGAGACCAUACCAGACACUAAUAUUUUAAAGACUUUUGUAUUUAAUGGAUAACAUAAAUAGGAAUUAUGAAUAUGAAUAUCAAAAAAUAACAGAAGGCUACACCAACAUUAGUUUCCAUUCACACAAAGUGUUGGGUAAAAUGCCACAGUAGAUUUGCCGUGGUAAAUGAGGAAACACUUGAUUUCAAUUGUACUGAAUGCUUGUAAAACACAUACCUCGCCCUUAGUCUGUUCGAAAAGGACAGAAGCCUAGGUUCAAUCAGAUCAAUCGUUAACCGGAGAAAGCAGACACCCGCAUAGCCAAUGCUUUGGCGUUGUUGGAGGUGGAACUGCACUGGAGCCAUCAAAUGGUGAGCAGCUGCUCUUGCAAUCAUUGUCAUGAAGCCACACCUGUCACCCUUGAAUUAUGAAAUUCAGAACGAGGAAGUGUACGCUAUAUAGAAAUAAUUAUGCUCAAAUUGAAAAUCAUGAAACUAAAUAAUGAGGGUUUCUAUCAUCCUUAUCGAGAUGUAUAGUACAUCUCAAAUUCCAGUGUUCCAACUUGUAAACAAGGCUGCAUGGGAUUUCUGUUAAUGUGACUUCGUGCAGCCAAUGGCAAUGUCCGCUUUGGGUAUAAUCAGUGGUGUGUAUUCAUGGGGGCCAAGGGAAGCCAGGCUUCCCAAAAUAUACAGUACCAGUCAAAAGUUUGGGCACAACCUACUCAUUCCAUAGUUUUUCUUUAUUUUUACUAUUUUCUACAUUAUAGAAUAAUAGUGAAGACAUCAACAUUAUGAAAUAGCACAUAUGGAAUCAUGUAGUAACCAAAAAAGUGUUAAACAAAUCAAAAUAUAUUUGAGAUUCUUCAAAGUAGCCACCCUUUUGCCUUGAUGACAGCUUUGCACACUCUUGCAUUCUCUCAACCAGAUUCAUGAGGUAGUCAACUGGAAUGCAUUUCAAUUAACAGGUGUGCCUAGUUAAAAGUUAAUUUGUGGAAUAGAAGAUAGCCCUAUUUGGUAAAAGACCAAGUCUUUAUUAUGGCAAGAACAGCUCAAAUAAGAAAAGAGAAAUGACAAUCCAACAUUACUUUGACUGACCUUCAUGUCUUAAUCGGGAAAUCGUCACUCCUGUCAAAUCCUAUUGAGAGCAUACGUCAUUGACAGAAAAACUUGAAUUGUUGCAUCUCAUUGUGUUGUCCUCCGGUGACUAGCUAGCCAUCUAGCUAAAAUUGUCCUUUUCCUAAAUUAGCCAUGGAUGGAGAUAUGGAUUUGCACUUGUGGUUUUACUUAAUUCUCUGUACUGUUCAAUGAUUAUAACGAAACAAAAUUCUCUGGUCUGAUGAAACCAAGAUUGAACUCUUUGGCCUGAAUGCCAAGUGUCACAUCUGGAGGAAACCUGGCACCAUUCCUACUGUGAACCAUGGUGGUGGCAUCACGCUGUGGGGAUGUUUUUCAGCGGCAGGGACUAGGAGACUAGUCAGGAUCGAGGGAAAGAUGAACAGGGCAAAGUACAAAGAAAUCCUUGAUGAAAACCUGCUCCAGAGCGCUCAGGACCUCAGACUGGGGCUAAGGUUCACCUUCCAACAGGACAACGACCCUAAGCACACAGCCAAGACAACGCAGGAGUGGCUUCGGGACAAGUCUCUGAAUGUCCUUGAGUGGCCCAGCCAGAGCCCGGACUUGAACCCAAUCGAACAUCUCUGGAGGGACCUGAAAAUAGCUGUGCAGUGUCACUCCCCAUCCAACUUGACAGAGCUUGAGAGGAUCUGCAGAGAAGAAUGGGAGAAAAUCAUCAAAUAUAGGUGUGCCAAGCUUAUAGCGUCAUACCCAAGAAGACUUGAGGCUGUCAUCGUUGCCAAAGCUGCUUCAGCAAAGUACUGAGUAAAGGGUCUGAAUACUUAUGUAAAUGUCAUAAAAUUCUACAAAUCAGUUUUUGCUUUGUCAUAAUGGGGUAUUAUAAGAAACAAAACUAUUUCAUCCAUUUUAGAAUAAGGCUGUAACGUAACAAAAUGGGGAAAAAGUCAAGGGGUCUGAGUACUUUCCGAAUGCACUGUAUAUGUGUACAUAUAGGUAGGGGUAAGGUGACUAGGCAGCAGGAUACUGGGGUUCCUUCAGUAGGGCAUGCAAACCAUAGUUUGCUCGGCUGUGCAUUCUGCUGGAAGCAUGCAUUGUCCAACCUAAUCCUGAAGGCAUGGUCAAUCGAUAUAGGGCUUUUCAGUCUCAAAAGGCUGUGAUCCUUUGAACGUGUAUUACCAUGAAUAAACAGAAUAUUCCUAAUUUAAGUUCAUACUGUAUGUGUUAAAUGGAAUAGUAACUGAAAUAUGGACACUGACUAUAGGCCUAUAACCUCUCACGUUGCGUAAUAAAAUAUAUAAUAUAAUUAUGCAUUUCUUGCAGUAAAAUUAUACAACAAAUGCUAAUUUUGUCUUAGGAACAAGAGAGGAGAAAUAUGAUUCUUUCAGCAUCUCUUGAGAAAAUGCAAAUGCACAUGUAAUGUGUUAUCUUUCUUUGACACUGUUAUGCAAGCAGACAGUAUUUCAACCACAUAAAAUAUGCACCCAAGAUGAACUGAAGCCUUUCAUCAUUUUCUCAGCUUUUUCAUUUUCAUGAAACCAGUCAAACUGAUGACACGGGACAUUUUGCACAGGACCAAUCUUUCCACUGUUUUGUAAUUCUUGAUAUUUCUCCCCGGUCCCUAAAUGCAACAGACAACUUUACCUGUGUUAACUAGAUUACUAAUGCAUUCAUUCUAUCAAUGUAAAACAUUAUUCUGGUGAGGACUACUUUAUUUAGUCUUCUGGGGGCAACAAGUUAGGCUUACAUGCAGCUUUUCUUCUGUCCUAUCUAACUAUAAUCCGACAAACAAAUGGCUUACCAAAUGUCAGAAAAUAUAAAAUGGCCUACCAAAUGUCAGAAAAUAUAAAAUGGCCUACCAAAUGUCAGAAAAUAUAAAAUGGCCUACCAAAUGUCAGAAAAUAUAAAUGGCCUACCAAAUGUCAGAAAAUAUAAAAUGGCCUACCAAAUGUCAGAAAAUAUAAAAUGGCCUACCAAAUGUCGUAAAUUCUAAUAUUCUAAUCAGAUGAAAACCUCACACAACACCCAUGAUGUGCACAACUGCACCUGAGCAGACUGUGAAAAACAACAGUAAGCAGGAUAAGAAGUUUACAUGCCACAGUAUCCCGUCUAAGAUCCGCAUAUCCCUUAUAUGGGUUUCUCAUAUCCGGAUACAAGCUUUUUCGGGUUAUUGUAAACGGGAUAUGAUGUUUAUAUGCAUCAACUCAGAAUACUUGAGGAGCCUGAAUAAUAACGGGAUAUUGGUGUGCAUGUAAACGUGGUCAUUGUAAUCCAAACCCAACCCAACAUUUACUCGUUGUGACGCACCCAGGUUCCAAACUCCUUUUUAGAUGAGACUAACUUUACGUCAAAAAUGAUCCUAUUUACAGUUUGUAGUCAAUGUUGUCACUAGAACAAAUGUUUCUGACUCAAUUUGAUGCCACAGAGGCCGUUUUCAAAGGGAUUGGUUCUUUUUUAGGGGCAGUUGCUCUUGAAAGACUUUGGUUGCAAGCAGGACUAAGGUAACACAGACAUCUUUUAGGGCGCAAUAAUGAGGUAACCAUUAUGGUUGCAAUUGAGAUCAGCUGUGCGGGUUAAUCUAGCUGUUAUUGAUGGUUUAACGAGACAUCAACUGACGAUAAUCUAGUGCCAUCGAUGGUUUGCAAUAGGCCUCUUGUUUUUGGAUUAUAUUCUAAUACGUUCUUCAUGCUACCCGUUAGCCUGUCCAUUGUUACAUACUGUAAUGAAAGGUGUGAAAACCGAUAAUAGCCUACUGUUUGUGUUUCCCUGGCUGAGUUGAUGAGCACAUUUGAGCCAUCAGUUGAUUGACAGAUGUAGGCCUACUGUAGAACUAUAAACUGUCCUCCAGUGUGGGUGCUCGCCCAUGUUCUAUAGUUAGGCUAUUUACAGUACCUUCAGUAUUCAUACCCCUUGACUUGUUCCACAUUUUGUUGUGUUACAGCCUGAAUUCAAAAUUGAUUCCAUAUAUUUUUUUCUCUCUCUCACCUAUCUACACACAAUACCCCAUAAUGGCAAAGUGAAAACAUGUUUUUAGAAAUGUUAGAAAUUGUAUUGAAAAUUAAAUACAGAAAUAUUUAAUAUACAUAAGUAUUUACACCCCUGAGUCAAUACAUGUUAGAGUCACCUUUGGCAGUGAUUACAACUGCAACUUUGCAUCUCAGGAACAUUCAUUGUUCCUGGUAAGAAACUCCAGUGUAUAUUUGGCCUUGUGUUUUAGACUAUUGUCCUGCAGAAAAGUGAGUUUGUCUCCUCGUGUCUUUUGGAUUGUAAACUGAACCAGGUUUUCCUCCAGGAUUUUGCCUGUGCUUAGCGCCAGUCCAUUUAUUUUCUAUCCUUGCCGAUGACAAGCAUACCCAUAACAUGAUGCAACCACCACUAUGCUUGAAAAUAUGAAGAGUGGUACUCAGUGAUGUGUUUUGUUGGAUUUCCCCCAAAACAUAAUGCUUUGUAUUCAAGACAUAAAAUUAAUUUAUCUGCCAAUUUAUUUGCAGUUUUACUUUAGUGCCUUAUUGCAAACAGGAUGCAUGUUUUGGAAUAUUUGUAUUCUGUACAGGCUUCCUUCUUUUCACUCUUUCAUUUAGGUUAGUAUUGUGGAGUAACUACAAUAUUGUUGAUCUAUUCACAGUUUUCUCCUAUCACAAGCCAUUAAACUCUGUAAAUGUUUUAAUCCCGGGGCAGUUUCCUUCCUCUUCGGCAACUGAGUUAGAAGCAGUUUCCUUCCUCUCCGGCAACUGAGUUUGGAAGGACGCCUGUAUCUUUGUAGUGACUGGGGCUAUUGAUACAUUAUCCAAAGUGUAAUUAAUAACUUUACCAUGCUCAAACAGAUAUUCCAUGGCUGUUUUUUUUUUUUUUUUUUUUUUACCCAUCUACCAAUAACUGCCCUUCUUUGUGAGGCAUUGGAAAACCUCCCUGGUCUUUGUGGGUGAAUCUGUUUGAAAUUCACUGCUCAACUGAGGGACCUUACAGAUAAUUCUAUGUGUGGGUUACAGAGUUGAGGUAGUCCUUUAAAAAUCAUGUUAAACGCUAUUAUUGCACACACAGUCAGUCCAUGCAACUUCUUAUGUGACUUGUAAAGCACAUUUUUACACCUCAACUUAUUUAGGCUUGCCAUAACAAAGGGGUUAAAUACUUUAUUGACUCAAGCCAUUUCAGCUUUUCAUUUGUUAUUAAUUUGUAAACAUUUCUAAAAACAUAAUUCCACUUUGACAUAAUGGGGUAUUGUGUAUAGGGGGGUAUUCUGUGACACAAAAUCUCAAUUUAACACAACAAAUUGUGGGAAAAGUCAAGGGGUGUGAAUGCUUUCUGAAGACAAUAUAGUUAUUGUCUGGUGAGGAUAUCCCUUACUGUUGGUGAGAUUUCCAUUGCUAAGCUGUUAUGGUCCGGCUACAGUAGCAUAGGCCUACUGUACUUUCAGUUUAAUGCCGGUAUUUGAAGUAUUGUAUGGCUUUAAUAUUUCAUUUCAUAAAGGUGUCAAGAUGUUGCAUAUGCAUUUGAGCCUAUCCAAAGAAAAUGUUGUUGAGCUGAGACACUUUUCUUUGAUGUGUAAUUUUUAGACUAUUCAUUUUACUUCUUGAAAAAAAUGUGAUUAACUUGUGUGCAUAAAUUAAUUGAAAAAUGAACAAUCCAAUUGUGGAACUUUUCCACUCAUUCAGUGUGUGAAUCAAAAGUGAAAGGGAAAACUUGCAAUGUAUUCAAGACUUAAAAGUCCUCUGAAGUGUUUAAUUCAAAAACUCAAAAUCUUCAACCUGAAUUCCAGCACACAGAGUUUAUUUUCUAUUUCUUUGUUGGUUUUCUCUUUCAAUGGUGGAACAUAGCAUAUAUUGUUGCUUGCUAGAUUUGUUCAUGUUUUAUUAAUCAAUUUAGCCUACCUUGUAUUUAGCCUAAUCAUGUUUUAUGUUGGACGUGUGCUCACAAUCAAAUUGUUAUUGUCCAAUAAUUUAUUCUUUCUUAAAGGUAUUUUUUUACAUGUUCGUAAUUUUGUAGCUUUUAUUGUAGAGAUAGAACAGUGUUGGAAAGACGGGGAAGCUGGGGGAUAAAGGGAAGUGGAAAUGUACUGUAUUGCUUGCCUUGAACAUAUAAUAAAACAAUUGAUGUAAAAAAAACAACGUUUGACGUGCUGUAUCCUACAUAGGCUACUUGAACUGAUGCCCAGCGGAACUGCAGUCAAAGGUACAAUGAAUGUACAGUACUGCGUUGUAUUCAAACGCCGCUUGCAGUUGUCCCCUGGCGGCGAUUCUCAAUAUUUUUCUUCAGACAUUCAAAUCCCCUUGCUGCAGGAUUAUUUUCCUUCUGUGACAAAACGGGUCAAAUUAAGGUCCGACAUCUGUCGGCGUGCUACAGAGGGUCAUAUAAUAUUGACUAUGUUUCUAUUCUAUGUUUCUAUUCUACAGUCUAUCUGGUCAUGCUGUUGAUACUCCUAUAUCACAUAUUGAUAUAGCUCCAGUUCUCAUGGUAAUCUGUCAUUGAGGAUAAUAGAUUGGAAUCUGAAUGUAUUGAAGAGAGAUGAAAUGUUUACAGAGAGAUAGAACGAUGAAAAGAAUACUACUGUAAAGUACUGUUGGUCAGACUGGUUGGUAUGACAACCACAAGGAGUUGUCUUAAGCAGAAACGAUCAGGCUGGAGAUCAGAGGGGCUAAAAGGAUAACAGGUCCUGGAUCAGAUAGAAGAGGGUUAGAUUGAGGGGGAACUUCUGUACUCUAGCUCACAGACUUGAACUGUCAUCCUUUCUCUCGGCUGUAUCUCUCCACUGUACUUACAUGCUUUACUCACAUGCUUACUGUAUUCUGGCAAAUUACUGUGCUGCUGUAAAAAUACUGUACCUAGAAAUACUGUACUGAGAAACCUGGCAUUCUUAUACUGAAGUGUUGGGAAUAACCUGCCUCAUACUUGUUGUAGAUGUUCAUACGUUGAAAUAAGAAAUCCUGAAUUUAAAUUCCUGUUUCAGAAUAGAUAUAAUUAUGGUGUAUGCACUUCCAUCACACUUCACCAAGUCAACAGUGUGUGCGCACACGCGAACACAAACACACACACACACACACGCACGCACACACACACACACACACACACACACACACACACACACACACACACACACACACACACACACACACACACACACACACACACACACACACACACACAGAGGAGUUAAGACUGCUGUCACCAGCUGUUCAAAUCGCACACAACAAUUUGACAAGACAAAUUUGACUCAGCAUCUCUGGACGAUUUCCUUGCCAAGAAUAUACUGUUUAAACCAUCAACUCCAAGGGCUAAACACCCACGCACUCACACACUCACACAGUGACACACACACACUCACACAGUGACACACACACAGUGACACAUACACACACGAAGCACACGAAGAAAGAUCUCACAGCUAGGUGAGGAGAGAAUCACGGUUUAUUUCUGGUUUUGUUCCCAAUCAUUUUUAUUCAUGUGAAAAGAAGAGGUGCAAACUAGAUAUGUUACGUUGUGUUUCUGUCUGUGAUCUGACGAUCUCUCUCUUGCCUUGGUGCCCCAUGGUGCAUCACUCUGUAUGUUGUGGAGGAGUGUUUGGUAGGCUGAUGCAUGUUGCUGGUUAAUUUAAGACACGUACGCAUGUACGCACACAUACUCACUCAAAGACAUGAGAUAAAAGAUAGAUAACAGGUGGUUACGGCUGUAUGAGUCACAACAACAUAAAUAAUCAUCGUGUGUGUUUGUGUGUUGCAUAAUCACCACCCUAAGUGUGUUUUCCCUCACUAAUGAUCACACACUCAUACAUACAGGGACCUUGACAUAGAUUGCAGGUACAGCAAACACAGACAUUUAAAUGACACUACAGUGUGCUGGACAUGACUACAGGACAUCUGGACAAUUGAUGUGUGUGCUUUUGAGUGUGUCUGUACCGUAACUUUCAGAGAGAGCAGUGUAUUAUGUUGAAGUGGACUGAGAUUCUUUUUAAAUGCACUUAAAACCCCCAAAAAGAAUGUUUAUCUUUCUUUUUCUUCUGUUUUCUGAUGAAUGUAACGGAGCCUCAAGCAGAUGUACCCUCUGAACCAAGCUUUCCUUUUAGAUGUCUUCAUUUGUUUCUAAUAUACUUUCCUUAUAGAUUUUUAUGAGGCUGAAAUGUUCCGUAAAUGUGUUUGAAUACAAGAGUCCAACCUG